AGUGACAUCAGGCGGUGGGUGUAACGUGAUCUGCAGCGCUACUGGACUCUUGGACGCUCUGGAUUUUUACCGGGAGCAAGGAACGUCCUUCCUGUCCAGUGCAGUCCCGAAGCACGCCGUGACCGUUCAGAUCUGUUUCUUCUAUCUAGAAUCUUGAAACCAACUGUCUGCAGAAUGGCGAAGCAACCUCAGCACAUCAGUCCCCUCAAGAACUUCUUUGCCGGUGGCUUCGGGGGUGUAUGCUUAGUGUUCGCAGGUCACCCGCUGGACACUAUCAAGGUUCGUCUGCAGACACAGCCAAAGGCAGGCCCUGGACAGCAGCAGCUGUACUCUGGAACAUUUGACUGUUUCCGAAAGACCUUGAUGAAAGAGGGAUUGAAGGGACUGUAUAAAGGAAUGGCUGCCCCAAUCGUGGGAGUCACACCAAUGUUUGCUGUUUGUUUCUUUGGAUUUGGUCUUGGCAAAAAAUUACAGCAGAAAUCCCCGGAUGAUAUUCUGUCGUACCCUCAGCUCUUUGCAGCUGGUAUGCUUUCUGGUGUGUUCACAACAGCCAUAAUGGCUCCAGGUGAGCGGAUAAAGUGCCUUCUUCAGAUUCAGGCUGCUUCAGGUGAGGUGAAAUAUGCUGGACCAGUGGACUGUGUAAAGCAGCUAUAUAGAGAAUCUGGAAUGCGGGGUAUCUAUAAAGGAACUGUGCUUACAUUAAUGAGAGAUGUACCGGCAAGUGGAAUGUACUUCAUGACCUAUGAGUGGCUCAAAAAUAUUCUUACUCCUGAAGGCAGAAGGAUGAGCAUCGAGAUCCCGCCGGGGUUGACGGAGCUCCUACAGGGCUACACUGUAGAGGUGCUCCGCCAGCGCCCCCCUGAUCUGGUGCAGUUCGCCAUUCAGUACUUCACUCGGCUGAAGGAGGCGCGCACCCACGACGACUCCAGCUCGGGCGUCAAGAGCCAUGUGAAAGGGGUCGUUUUUGAUGGGGAGCCCAUGCAGACUGAAUCCAAUGGCGAUGAGGAGGACGAAGAAGACGAUGAUUCGGACUUUGAGCCACCCAUCCCUCAAAGGUUUGGCAGGAGAGUGUCGGUGUGUGCUGAAGCAUUCAACCCUGAUGAAGAUGAGGAGGACAGUGAGCCCCGAGUUGUUCAUCCAAAGACAGAUGAGCAGCGUAGCCGACUUCAGGAAGCAUGUAGAGACAUAUUACUGUUUAAAACUCUUGAUCAGGAGCAGAUAUCUCAAGUCCUAGAUGCCAUGUUUGAGAGGAGAGUGCAAACAGGAGAGCACGUUAUUGACCAGGGUGAUGAUGGAGAUAACUUCUAUGUGAUAGAAAGGGGUGUGUAUGAUAUAUUCGUGAAGAGGGAUGAUAAGAACAACUGUGUUGGAAAAUAUGACAAUCAUGGAAGUUUUGGAGAGCUGGCCCUUAUGUACAACACCCCACGUGCUGCAACCAUCGUGGCAACAACUGAGGGGGCUCUUUGGGGUUUGGAUCGGGUAACUUUUAGAAGACUCGUUCUUAAAAACAAUGCCAAGAAGAGGAGGAUGUAUGAAACAUUCAUUGAGUCCGUACCUCUGUUAAAAUCACUGGAGGUGUCUGAAAGAAUGAAGAUAGUGGAUGUUAUCGGCAUGAAGGCUUACCAGGAUGGUGAACGCAUCAUUACCCAAGGCGACAAAGCCGAUUGUUUUUACAUUGUAGAAUCUGGCGAGGUUAAAAUUAUGAUGAAGAGCAAGACGAAAGCGGACCAACAGGAUAACCACGAAGUAGAGAUUGCACGCUGUAUCUGCGGACAGUAUUUUGGAGAGCUAGCACUUGUCACCAAUAAACCUAGAGCAGCCUCUGCCUAUGCUGUCGGCGAAGUCAAGUGCUUGAUAAUGGACAUCCAGGCUUUUGAAAGGUUGCUUGGUCCUUGUAAAGAGAUAAUGAAGCGCAACAUCGCACACUAUGAGGAGCAGCUGGUGGCAUUGUUUGGAUCGAGUAUGGACCUGCGAGAUUAGGCACCUUGCUGCCUCCAUGUGCCUUCUCUUCCCACAGAGCCAAGAAUGAAAGAGUGUGCCUGCCUUCAAACUGCUCCCAAAAUCCUCCUUCCUCGUGAAAAAGUUCCUUGACACACAUCUGUGAUCAUGCAGAGCCUACAGAACCGAGGUCAAAAUUCGGACACUCUUGUUAUGCCCCUUCAUUGUCAAAGAAGGUCUUCUUCCAAAGCUCAAUUUAAAAAUAAAAAAGAAAGGUGGUGGGGGGCUGCCUUUGGACCCUAUUUGAUACCCUUUUACUGCAUAGGCUGAGAGUUCCUCUUGACCCUCCUCUUACACUCCUGAGCACUCUAGAGUGCUGUCUCCAGACUUGCCUCAUCAGCACUUUGGAGAAGGGCCGAAUGUCUUUCUGAAAACCGAUUUAAGUGCGUUCCUUGCUGGUGAUCAAGGACUGGGAGCGAAUCUCUCCUUGCCUCAAACAUGACCACCAGGCACUGCUAUGUCUUCAGAACAGGCCAGGGAAGAGGACAGGAUACAUUUUGCUGCAGAAUGUGCUGUUGGGACCCUGGUUGCUAAAGUUGCAGUGAUAUCUAUUAGAUUAUUUGUAAGUUACCCACUCAGAGUAUACCAUACAGAAGUGUGCCACGCCUGGAUGGGGGAACAUUUGAUGCCGGAACCUUCCCUCAUUUUGACCACAGCUUUACAGUGUGGAAAGUCCUGCUGUACAACACUCUGUGAAUUCAACAGUCUGACUGAAAGAGAUAUGCUUUAUCAGACAUGUUUGUUUUGCAGGACCUCUAAAACUGAAUUGACUUUGGCAAUGGUAUUACACAUUUGAUGAAAAUGGGUGCUGCUCCUCCAGUUCAGAUUCGGAGUGCAGCAAAGAUGCAGAGCAAUAGCUGGGGAAAGCCAGUGGCCUGACUAGAUUUUUUUUAGAUCAUUUAAUUGUGUGUAUUUUGGCUAUUGAAGACAGUUGGCAGGUGCUGCCUACUUUACCAAACCUCAGUGCAGGGAUGCUCUGAUAUUAUUGCUGCAACCCCCUUAACCAGUGAGCUGUUGGUCCAUCUUUAUGGCCUGCACUAGUAACUUGAGCACUUCCUAAGCCAGUUUGUUGGAUGUAUUGUGGCCACAAAGUGACCCUACAAAUGUUUUUCCAUCCUGGGAGUGCAGGACUGCAGCUCCUAGAAACUAUCUGCCUUUUGGUACAGGCUGUGUUACUGGCAGCUAAGAGUGGACGAUCCCAAAUGCAAGUUGUUUUCUGGUUUUUUUUUCUUUUUUUUUUUUUUUUUUAGCCUGGUCAUUUCAGGUCGCAACCUUCCCUCCCCAUUUCUUACUUGUGGUGCAGGGUGGGUGGGGUGGUGGGGUUGGUACAGCGUCUCCUAGAGGUCGCUCCCAGUUUGAUAAAGCCAAGGACACACUGAAUCUCUGUGCAUUGAAGCUGUCCACUCAAAUGCUUGCCAUUUUGCCAUGUUUUAUGGGAAAAUAAAAAGGACAAAAUUAAAACUGUUCACUCUGUUGGGAAUUUAAAAGCAAAGAUUGAAAUCUGCUAUUGUUGAUCAGUUUGUGCUGGUGAUAUUUUUGUGUUGGAGUUUAAUUAUAUUCUUUACACUUUUGGACAAUAAAAAUUAUUGCUUAUUUCUCUUAGA